CAGAUCCAUCGGGGAAUGCAAUCGGCAUCUCCGAUCGCCAUUCGCUCUGCAGUGGGCGCUUGCUCAGCUUGCUAAGUCCUGACUUUCCGUGGACCAUCUGCACUCGGUCUGCCUUUCGAGCUCGACGCACGCGAGUCGACCACCUCUAGACUCCAACAGACCACUCAAACUACUUUGAACCCACUCCGAGACGGCACAAUGAACGUCUCACCAGAAGACAUCGCCGAAGAAAUCCGCGCCGCUCUCCCAGGGAUGGAGGAAAUCGUCGUGCAAUACGUCUCUGGCUACCUGCUCGACCUCGACGACGCCGCGGAGGACGAAGACGUCUUGCAGGUGACGCGCAGCAUCCUUGCGUCAGCUGCGCCCUCGUCCUCGCGCAAGGGCCAGGACACACAGCUCGCGAAGGUCAUGUCCGCGCUCGGGCGCAUGCUCGCGGAGCCGCUGAGCAAGCGCGAGGAGAAGAAGCAGUCGGGCCAGGGCACCCGCCUGGUGCGGCUCGAUAAGGUGAUGGAUAUGAGCAAGGCGGGUGUUAUGAGCAAUACGCUGGCGUUCACGGAGGGCGUGGAUUUGGAGAGUAUAAACAAGGGAAAAGCGUCGCGUGUGGAUGUCAAGAAGUUGGAGAAGCAAGAAGCAAAGCUGAGAGCCAAGAUAGACAAGCGCUCCAAGAGGACGCUGUACGAGGGCUCAAAACUGCUGGAUCAACACAAGAAGCAGCAAACAUACGAAGAGAUGUUCAUGAAGAUCAAUCCUCUCGAUGCGGCCAACGCGAAGAACAAGUCCAAGGACAUCCACCUCCCCAACAUCGACGUCAACUUCGGCUCAAACCGCAUCCUCUCUGGUGCAUCGCUCACACUCGCCUACGGCCGCCGAUACGGUCUCAUCGGUCGGAACGGUGUCGGCAAGUCCACACUGCUCCGGCACAUCGCCAUGCGAGAAGUACCGAUCCCAGCGCACAUCACCAUCCUCUUCGUCGAGCAAGAAAUCGUCGGCGACGAGACGACCGCGCUCGACUCCGUGCUCAAGGCCGACGUCUGGCGGGACAUUCUCCUGCGCGAGGAACGCGAGCUCAACCAGAAGCUGCAGGAGCUCGAGGGCGAGGGCGACGACAAACGCUUCGAGGACGCCAGGGACGAGGCGCAGACCCGCCUCGCGGAGGUGCAUGCGCGGCUCGCAGACAUGGACGCGGAGAGCGGGCCCGCGAGGGCGGCAGCGCUGCUGGCGGGUUUGGGCUUUAGCGAGGCGGACCAGAGCAGGCAGACGAAGGCGUUCAGUGGUGGGUGGAGGAUGCGGCUGGCGUUGGCGAGAGCGCUGUUUGUGAAGCCGGCGUUGUUGCUGCUUGAUGAGCCGUCGAAUCACAUCGAUCUCAAUGCCCUUGCAUGGCUCGAAGACUAUCUCCAAACAUGGCCAGGCACCUUGCUCGUCGUCUCGCACGAUCGUGCGUUCCUCGACGCUGUUGCUACCGACAUCGUCCACAUGCACUCGGGACGGCUCGACUACUACAAGGGCAACUUCACACAGUUCUACUCUACCAAGUCUGAGCGUGAUCGUAAUCUCCGCAAGGAGUACGAGACACAGAUGGAUUACCGCAAGCACCUGCAGGCCUUCAUCGACCGGUGGCGGUACAACGCGAACCGCGCGGCGCAAGCACAGUCGAAAAUCAAGAUUCUCGAGAAGCUGCCAGAACUACAUCCACCAGAAGUCGAAGAGACGGAGACCUUCAAGUUCCUCGACGCGGAGAAGAUCUCUCCGCCGGUGCUCCAGCUGAACGAAGCCUCGUUUGGGUAUACGCCGGACAGGAUCUUGUUAAAGGGUAUCAACAUCGAUGUUGGACUCGACUCUCGAAUGGCAGUCGUAGGCCCCAACGGUGCUGGAAAGUCGACGCUGAUCAAGUUGCUGACGGGCGAGCUGAAGCCGUUAUCCGGACAUGUUAGCCAGAAUGGUCGACUCAGGAUAGGCUACUUCGCGCAGCACCAUGUUGACACCCUCACGCCAACCAUGAGUCCCGUGCAGUUCCUCGCGUCCAAGUUCCCGGGUAAGACGGAACAAGAGUACCGCUCGCAUCUGGGUAACUUCCAGAUCAGCGGCAUGACGGGGCUGCAGUUGAUCGGAACGCUGAGUGGAGGUCAGAAAAGCAGAGUGGCGUUUGCGCUCUUGUCGCUGCAAAGACCGCAUGUCCUGCUCCUUGAUGAGCCUACUAACCACCUGGAUAUCGAGGGUCUGGACGCCCUGAUGCAAGCGUUGACGUCGUGGAACGGCGGUGUCAUCCUCAUCUCGCACGAUGAACGGUUCAUUACGACUGUCGCCAAGGAGCUGUGGGUAUGUGCGGACGAAACCGUUAGCAAGUUCAAGGGCGAUGUACAGGCAUAUAAGAGCCUCAUUGUGAGCAACAUCAAGGCACGACCUUGAGAGUUUCAAGCUGUUUGUCUCAACGUGUACUGCUACCGAUGUGCAAUAUAGCAGUCCACAUGCGAUGUCGCGUCCAGUCCACAGACAGUGGUGGACUCGUGUCGGGGCCCACUGACCUAGCAAACAAACCGUGCUUGCCAUGAGCAGAUGGAGGGACAUCUCGCUCUCGGCCUCUCAGCACCAACGUAAGUUCAUGCUCAAUUAUCACCUUUCUGAGACCGGCCAUGUAGUCCGUCUCGCGUUGUUAAUCGAUGUGCAUCAACUCCAGCUACAUCCUA